GAAGCAGCGGCGAAGGCGGCGGCAGCGGCAUCGCGGCUCGGUCUCUGGCCCCUUCACUCUGCGCGUUCUGCAGCCGCCACUGCAGCCGCGCAGCKGGGGCUCCCUCCCAAUAGCCAGCUGGUGGCUCCAGCCCGGUGCCUCAGCGAAGGAAAAGGGCGAGUGGARACACGUUCAAGGCGGGACCGGAGAGGAUUUCCCCGGCGCCGCUCACUCACUGGUCGGCUUGCUUGCCAUCAGUCGCUCCCUCAGUCCUUGGUCGGUGUGCGCACUCCCUCCGGCACCAGGGAGUAGUUUUGGGUGGCGUGGGCUCGUUCCUCUUCUUGGCUGGUGGGAACAGAGUGUUGAAGAGAGGAAGCUUGGUGGGCCUGGCCCCUCCCAGCCCAGCGCCGAUGAGUGCCCGGGCUCCAAAGGAGUUGAGGCUGGCGCUGCCGCCGUGUCUCCUCAACCGGACUUUUGCUUCCCCCAACGCUAGCGGCAGCGGCAACACAGGUGCCCGCGGCCCGGGUGCAGGCGGCGGCGGCAGUGGUACCUGCAUCACGCAGGUGGGACAGCAGCUCUUCCAGUCAUUCUCCUCCACGCUGGUGCUGAUUGUCCUGGUCACUCUCAUCUUUUGCCUCAUCGUGCUGUCCCUGUCCACCUUCCACAUCCACAAGCGUAGGAUGAAGAAGCGGAAGAUGCAGAGGGCUCAGGAGGAAUACGAGAGGGAUCAUUGCAGCGGCAACCGCGGUGGAGGGGGGCUGUCCCGGGCAGGUAGUCAGGCCCAAAACCAUGGAAAAGAAAACAGGCUGGAGAGGCAGUCCCGGGACUCUGCCUUCUGCGCCCCCUCCAACUUCUCCGGUUCCUCCUCCUCUUCAUCCCCUGGUCUUCCAAGCCAGGGUCCCUGUGCUCCUCCGCCUCCACCGCCAGCCCCCAGUCCACAAGGAGCACACGCAGCCUCCUCCUGUUUGGACACAGCUGGCGAGGGCCUUUUGCAGACGGUGGUACUGUCCUGAUUGUGUAGCCCCUCUCCUCACCCCUUUCUCGUUUCCACCAUCUUUACCAUCCUUGCUUUUUCUCCCCCCUUCCUUCCUUUUCCAUUUUCCUGUACCCCUUCUUUCCUCUUCCUUCUUUCCCUGCCCUCCCUUUUACUAUGUUUCUCCUCCGCCGAGGCACUGUGCGGUAUUUGUAAAUAUUGGGCGAGGAAAGUCUCGGAAGAAGAAAUAACGCUGAUAAAUCUUUAUUAAUAUUUACAGUUAUUAUUAUUAUAUUACUAACAACACAAUCCAAGCGCAUGACAAAUCACAUACUUUCUCAUUGUCAAUGAAAGAUGCAUCUUCCCUCUCCACUCCGUGUCCCCCUCAAUAAGGAGGAGAAACCGCACAAGCUACCAAAUACAUAAAAGGCAUUGCCACCAGGAGCAAAGGGAGGGGAGGGGGCCGGUAAUGUUGUAUAUAGCUGUCAAGUUAAAGGUUUAGUUACCUUUCUUCCCCUUCACCCCCCCCCCAGCUUUCACUUUUCCUUUAGCUUUUCUCCACUCCCCUUUUCUCACCCUAAGCUGGGCUCAGGCAAUAGUAUAUUAUUUUUUAAAAAAGUCUACAUUUAGCACCAAGACUACAACGAGGCCACAGAGAAAGUCCCAGAAAAACGUUUUAGGACAGGUAACCCUCUCCAGUCAGCCAUCUUCUCAUUCUUUGGCUAACCAUUGCCUUUUCCAGGACAGAACAUUUAAUUUACUUUUAGAAAUGUCUCUCGCUGGCCGAGCAUAAGUACAUUGCAAUCUUUAAGUGAGUUAAAAACAAAAAACAAAAGAUCUGCUUUAGAUCUGUGCCCCACCACACUUGUACACCUUUGACUUGUGGCAUUUUCAGGAGUCAGAGGAUAGGGAGCUGUCCGUCCAGGUCUGGUGCUGAAAUCGCCUCACCAUAAUGGUUACUUCCUCUGAUUGAGCAGGCGGAGGAGGGGCUGUUUUGGAAAGUGAUUGUACUGGCUUUUGGUUGGCUUCUUUCUUCUUUUUCUACAAUCGGGUUAGCGUGUACUAUUAAUUUUCUUAUUAUUAAAUGUUGCAUAAGUUCCUCUCUUUUUUUUUUGUAAAAAGAAAAAGUAUUUGGUGAUGUGCAGUACUGAAAGUGCAGUAUCUAACCAACCAGAAUGUUUGUUUUAUUUUUAGAGCAAGUGCACCUUUGUUAUAUAUUUACUAUAUUGGUACCAAAUACAGAAAAAAACUAUAGUUCUGUACUAUGUCCUCCAAACUGUAUAUUCUUGUUCUUACUUUCCAGCUGUUGAUAUAAUGGUUACCACUGGAUGAGGAAUUCAGUGGGACAGGCCUGGCUUCUGCUGUUUCCAGAAGUGUUCUUUUGUACCUUACUCUGUAGUAGACUGUUAUAAAAAUAUGACACAUGUUUCCCUUUUUCUUUUGUGAAUAACAGAAACAACCACAGMAACAGAAAACAAAUAAUGGAUGUGCAGGAAUGCCAUCUAUUAAAACAUGGUUAAUA